ACAGUGGGCCUAUCGUCUAAAGAAAUAGGGUACAUAGAGACGAAAGUAAUUGAAGAAGAGAAAGGCAAAGGCGGCCUCAAAGUAAUGUACGGGUCAGCUUGGGAAUGUGAUGAAAGAAAGUGUGCAGAACGCUAGCACGGUUGCCAGAAGAUUCUUGCUCAAGAAACAACCCGAGAACCCGUUCUUUGCGGAUUCCAAGCUUCAUCUACAUGUUACAGGUGCCAGUAAAAAUGACGGUCCAAGCGGAGGCUGCACCAUGAUCACUUCCUUGCUAUCACUUGCCAUGAAGAAGCCUGUGAAGAAAGAUCUUGCAAUGACUGGACAAGUCACUCAAACCGGUAGAAUUCUUCCAAUUGGCGGCGUGAAGGGGAAGACUUUAGCUGCGAGACGGAAUAAGAUCAAGACGAUAAUAUUUCCAGCUCUAAACCGGAGAGAUUUUGAGGCGCUCCCACAAGACUUGAAAGAGGGGCUCCAUGUUCACUUUGUGGAUGAAUAUGAGCAGAUAUUUGAGCUAGCAUUUAACUAUGAUGACCAUUAGAAGAAAUCUGACUAAUAGUU